GCGGUGUAUAUGAACUGUUUAGCUCAUGUGAUAGAAACGUCUACUUCAGUUCCAGCGCUCUAAACGGUCGGCUGAACGCUACUUUCCUGUGGAUAUUUUGUCUCACAUUUCGAGCAGCUGAAAGACAAAUCGCACAGAAAACAGUUGUCUCUACUACCUCUACCACAGUGACAAAGUGCUGAGGCAGAGGACCAUGUUAUUCAAACCACUCUGAAGAUAGCGUUUUAAUCGCACUUUUUAAAAAUGGACACACUGAAAUCCUCCAGUAUUUAUUUUGAACGCUAAUAAAUGUGAUCAUAUUGAUCAUUUUAUAUACAAGGGAAAGAACUAUCUUAUUGCCAGACAGUGAGUGACACCGAAUAUUCCCAUUCACCUCAAUGGAUGUUCCAGUCACACCAAUUCUACCCUCUAACUCUACCCUGCCUACACCUUUCCCUCUGCACCCGGCAGUGGCCCCAUCAGUCCAGCUUGGAUUUACCAUCCUCUACACUACUCUCUACGGAAGUCUCUUCUUGGUAGUCUACGUUCAGCUCUGGCUCCUCUUUCUCUACCGACACAAGCGUUGGAGCUACCAGAGUGUGUUUCUGUUCCUCUGUCUUCUCUGGGCCGCUCUUCGCACCACUCUGUUCUCUUUCUACUUCCAUAAUGCCCUGGAAGCCAAUCACCUGGCCACCGUGUUUUACUGGCUCCUCUACUGCUUUCCUGUUUGUCUGCAGUUCUUCACCCUCAGUCUCAUCAACCUCUACUUCACUCAGGUAUUACUCAAAGUGAGAGAGAAGUACAACCCAGACACUGAGCCCGGCCAUGGACUAUGUUGGGCGCGGUGCUUCUACGCCACCCUGAGUGGUGUGUUCCUGUGUGUCAACGGGGUGUGCGCUGCUCUCGGCUGGAACGGGCGCAGUGGAGGAGCAGGGGCUAAAACAUGGAAUCUGGUUCUGAUACGAGUGCUGGUCAACGACCUCCUUUUCAUCUUUGAGGCUGUCUGUCUAGCUGCAUUACUGCUUCUGUUAACCCGACGCUCCCCAUCCACCAGCCCUUACCUGCACAGCAAGGGAACAACAGUGUGCCAGACUGCGGUACUAGGAGCAGGUGUAAUAUUGCUCUUUGCUAGUAGAGCGUGCUACAACCUGGCUGUCCUCAUACUGUCCCAGAACCACAGAGUGGAGUCCUUUGACUUCGACUGGUACAAUAUCUCUGACCAGGCUGACCUGCGUAGUGAACUGGGAGACAGGGGUUACUUGGCGUUCGGUGCAAUUCUCUUCAUAUGGGAGCUGCUUCCCACCAGCCUCCUCAUCCUCAUCUUCAGAGUCCGCCAACCGCCUCAAGAAGAUGGCAGUAAUCUGCCUGUCAGCAACAGAGUACCGCGGCCGUACUUCUUUGAUGACCCAGCAGGGGAAGACGCUGACUCAGGUGUUCCUUGGGUCAACAGCUCACAUCCACACCAAAGCUGGUAUGGAUCCAUCAAGGAGACGACACCUCUCGUCUUCGCCAGUAACCCUCUGGACCAGAACCAACACCACUCCUUUUACUCUACGCCACAGAACUAACUGAUCCUCUGUCCCAAAUGGCACCCUAUUCCCUUUAUAGUGCACUACUUUUAACCAGGAACCAUAGGGCUCUAGUCAAAUG